GUGAUGAUGUGCCGUUGUCACCAUUUUGCAUGGCAAAUGUGGGGGAGUGGGACAAAUUUAGGAAUGUAGACAUGGAUAAAGAGGGUCGGGGGGGGGGGGAUUAUGGGUUUGAGGCUGUUGACUAUAGUUCCACUGUUACCAUGAUUAAAGCCCUUGAAGGGUCUUCAUCAAAGAGGAAAAAUCCUGUGGAUGCUGAUAAAGUGGCUGUAUUGACUGCUUGGCAUAGAGUGGGUUGUAGAACAAGGGAAGCAUUUCGCCGUAGCUUUCUCCCAGAACUGAUUAAUGGAUAUGAGGAAUGCAUACGGGCAUUUGUUGAGGAGAGUGGAGAUGGAGAUGUUCUUGUGCUACAGGUUCAAGAUCCUUUUCAUAGGUUGUUGCUGCACGGGGUUUGUGAGGUGGACGCGUUCACCGACUCGCCGUUCAAGGGAAACCCGGUGGCGGUGUGUUUGUUGGAGGAGGACAGAGACGAGGAGUGGUUGCAAGCAGUUGCUCGCGAGUUCAAUAUCUCUGAAACGUGUUACUUGACUCGGAUCACCGAUUCUGAGUCUGAGUCUGAGUCUCAUGACUUGCCUAAUGGAACCAUAACUACUCCCAGGUUCCGCUUCAGGUGGUUCACUCCUGUUGCUGAG